AUGGGGGGUGAAGCGCAGUGUGAGGGCAGUGAAGGGACUGAAUUGUCCCCACUUAAUAGGCAAAAAGUCUAUACAACCAAGAUGAGCGGCACAAUUCGCCACAUCACAAUAAGCACUGAUCCAGGCACCCCUUACUUCCUGCGCGUGGACUGGGCUUCAGACCUGGGAGCUGGCUUCACACUAGCUCUCACUAACAGCAGCUCAGCAUGGAUUGGAGAAAUUUCAGAGGAUGAGGUGACAAGUGGAGCCGAGGAUAUGGGAGUUACGAGGGAGAUAUAUGUUGAGGAUCUUCUCCAGGCUCUUGUAGGAAGUGACAGCAAAAGAGGAUGCAGAACAGCAGGAGAUGACAGCGACUUGUAUUCUUUCCACCUCUCUCAAGAUCACCGUCAGCUCUCAUACAAGAAAAUCUGUAACAACAUUUCGGUGCCGUUAGGCUCUGUGGAGCUGCAGCCAGCUCCAGACCCUGUGGAGCUCACCAGGCAGAUGAUCAGCCAGUCACUGCAGCGCAACACAGACCUGGAGACAGAAAAUACCCAGUUGUUGGAGGAGAACCGGAAACUGAGGCAUGAUCACCAGCAAAUACUUACAGAGUUGGAGCAUCACGUUCAGGAUAAGGAGAUGUUAGAGAAAGACCUGUACUCACGUUUUGUUGCGGUGCUGAAUGAAAAGAAGGCCAAGAUCCGAGGUCUACAGGAUGCUGUCCAUCGGCUGCAGGAGGGGACACAGAGUAAUGAUCCAACUCAGGGUGAGGACGGAAGUCAGGAAACAGGAAAGCAGACAGAUCAGAGCAUCCAUCCAUCUCAGGAGCCAACGCUCCUCAUCACAGGUGUGUUCGAGAGUGUCUUUGAAGAAGCCUGGUGCCACAGGGUAUCUCUAUUGACCAGCCAUUCUCUGAUGAAGAAGAUGAACAGCCACGACGAAAGCAGCUACACACCCGGAGCAAAGCACUGUCUGAACAGAAAUAACAUCACAGAUGCUGUUGCUGUCUUUUGUCAUUUUGAUGAUACCUUUUUGUCUGCUGAGGACCACGGGUGACCGCCUGGAUAAUCCUCCUGGAACACGUUCUUGCUGGUUAAGUAAUCCCCACAGGAAUGUCACACUCUCUCCUCUAUACACUCCAUCAAUUAGGUAUUUUACCAAGAGAACAAGGGAAGAGUGUCAAAGGCUAAUUUGCAGAUGAGCGCACAACAACAUGAUGAGAACAAAGUGGGAGCGACUACUCUCAAAAUGUCAGUAGUUUUGUUCAUAAUUACUCAAAAUGUGUAAUUUUGAAAAGUCUAAAUGCAUUUUUUUGCAAGGGUUUACUUUGUUUUUGUUAUUUUCUUGUUUUGCAAAUGCAUUUUCAAACUUGUACACUUUUCAAAUCAGUUGAUUCAAGAAUAUUUUUAAGUGACUCAGUAUUUCUAAAAAGUGU